AAGAAAAAAGAAACAUCUUCAGCCGACCCCGACGAAGAAGUGCACGCGUUUUGUUCUCCGGCAAAGAGCCUAUCAGUGAAGAAAACGGUAAAUUAACCGUGUUAAUUGCGUUCCAUUGUUUUAAUAAACUGCCAGUCAGUUAUUUCCGCUGCUAACAUGGUUGUUAAAUCGACAAGCAAAGGUGUGAAACCUCAGGGCCAGGCUUACAAGGAUAAAACCAAACCGGCUGACAUCCGGAUCAGCAACAUUAAUGCUGCUAAAGCUGUUUCAGAUGCCAUCCGCACAAGUUUGGGUCCCCGUGGUAUGGACAAAAUGAUCCAAUCCGGCAAUGGAGAAGUCACGAUUACCAACGACGGUGCCACCAUCCUUAAGCAGAUGAAUGUCAUCCAUCCGGCGGCCAAGAUGUUGGUUGAGCUGUCGCGUGCACAAGAUGUUGAGGCGGGAGACGGAACUACUUCAGUAGUGGUUGUGGCCGGGGCACUUCUGGAGGCAGUUGAAAAGCUGCUACAAAUGGGAAUUCACCCGACAGCAAUCUCCGAUGCGUUCCAGCGCUGUUCGUCCAAGGCUGUUCAGAUUUUGACAGAAAUGUCGCAGCCAAUCGAAUUAAGCGAUCGGGAAACUUUGAUCAAGAGUGCAUCUACCUCUCUUAAUUCGAAAGUUGUGUCCCAACAUAGCAGCCAAUUGGCCCCAAUUGCCGUCGAUGCUGUUUUGAAAGUGACUGAACCGGGCCACGAAAAUGGCGUUGAUCUUAAGAACAUAAAAAUCAUUCGCAGUCUGGGUGGUACCAUUGAAGAUACCGAGCUAGUUGAUGGCCUCGUUUUUACCCAGAGAUCAAGCGGAACCAAUGGACCAAAGCGUGUUGAAAAGGCCAAAAUUGGUCUUAUUCAAUUCUGUAUCUCGGCUCCAAAAACUGAUAUGGAUCACAGCAUCAUUGUGUCUGAUUAUGCUGCCAUGGAUCGUGUUUUGAAGGAAGAGCGCGCCUAUAUUUUGAACAUUGUGAAACAGAUUAAGAAAUCUGGCUGCAACGUUCUUCUGGUGCAAAAAUCCAUUCUGCGUGAUGCCAUUUCCGAUUUGGCACUCCACUUUUUGGACAAGAUAAAAGUAAUGGUUGUGAAGGAUAUCGAACGAGAGGAUAUUGAAUUUGUUUGUAAAACUCUCAACUGUCGUCCUAUUGCUUCAUUGGACCAUUUCUUGCCCGAAAAUUUGGUCAAUGCUGAUUUGGUUGAAGAAGUCUCCAGUGGCUCCAGUAAAUUUGUGAAGGUAACCGGAAUCCAAAACAUGGGGAAGACGGUUUCUAUUGUUGUUCGUGGAUCGAACAAAUUGGUUUUAGAAGAAGCUGAUCGUUCGCUUCAUGAUGCUCUUUGUGUGGUUCGUUGUUUGGUAAAGAAACGAGCUCAAAUAGCUGGUGGUGGCGCUCCAGAAAUUGAAAUGGCUCUACAGUUAGCUGCUCAUGCACAAUCCUUGGAAGGCGUUGAUGCUUAUUGCUUCCGUGCUUUCGCAAAUGCCCUGGAAGUUAUUCCGUCAACAUUGGCCGAAAACGCCGGAUUGAAUCCAAUUGGAACGGUCACAGAGCUGCGUAAUCGCCACGCCCAAGGUGAAAAGAAUGCCGGGAUCAAUGUGCGGAAGGGAGCUAUCACCGAUAUCCUCGUGGAAAACGUCGUGCAGCCCUUACUGGUUUCUAUUUCUUCAAUCACCCUCGCAUCCGAAACUGUACGAUCAAUUCUCAAAAUAGACGAUAUCGUUAAUACCAUGAAUUAGGAUGGAUAACGCUAUUAAUUUUGCAUUGCCUGGAAUUUAAAUUUGCAUACACAGUUUGCAUUCUACUUGAAAGAAACACACAUUUUCAUUCACUCACGCACCGAAAAUAACCCCCGUUCUUACUGUGAAGCAAGACAUACCACCAUUCACAAUCUUCUCAAGAAUGCUACAUUAUUUUGCCCUAACGCUAACUUUAUGAUAAUAAACAAUAAGACCCUCA